AUGGUUUACGACACCUUACAUACUCUGAUAACGAAAUCUGAUAUGUAUGUUCCUUCUUUUCAGGAAUGCGAUUUCACUAAAAAGAGGAGCGAUACAUACCUUCGUGUUGUUUACAUGGGAAACACGCGCAUUACAGGAUGCGCAAACUGCUGUAAGAGGUGGUACUUCACUUUUAACGACGUGGAGUGUCGCGCUCCUGCCACUAUUGAUGGUGUGGUGUAUCAUGGUACCAAUAUUAAUAUCCACCGCUCGGCCAGUAUUGAAGGUUACUGUGGCGGAAUAGCUUCUGGAAAGGUCCGAGUUGGUUUUCACGUUAAGAAUUGCAAGGCGUAUGCUACAUCUGCAGAUGCUCAUACAAGCUGGAAUGCAAUAAGCAGAAUCAUCAUUGAAGAAGUUGAACCUCCGGUUCUUUAA